CAGAGUCUACACCAGGUCCAGCAGAGGGACAAGUCUCAGAAUCGGGAGGUCAUGGAUAAGCUGCAGAUCAUGGAAUCUCACAUGCACAAACUGGAAUAUCUAAUCGGCGAUGUUCUGAAAAAGGACCCGUCUUCGAAAUCAACAAAGAAGGAUAAAAACGGAAAGGAAGGGGUGAAGGCAAAGAAGCUGUAUCCAGACUCGUAUCUCUUCAAAAGAUGGGGCGACGACCUUUCAGAAGCAGAACAGCAAGAGGCGGAGGAACUUUUCCAGAAAUAUGGUUACAACACGUUUCUCAGCGAUAGGCUGCCACUCAACAGGAAGCUUCCGGACACCAGACACAGCAGAUGUGUGGGCAAAAAAUACCCAGAGGACCUUCCUAGCCUGAGUGUGGUGCUGAUCUAUCUGGAUGAGGCUCUGUCCGUCAUCAAGAGAGCCGUCCGCAGCAUCGUUGACAGGACCCCAGCCAGACUUCUGAAGGAGAUCAUACUGGUCGACGACUGCAGCUCCAAUGAGGAUCUAAAGGACCCGCUGAAUGCAUACAUCGCUUUCAUACAUGAAAAGUCGCCUGGUUUGGUGAAGAUGGUGAGGCACCCAAAGCAGUUGGGACUGGCUGAAGCUCGAGUGUCGGGGUGGGAGGUGGCUACCGGAGAUGUGGUGGCCAUCCUUGACGCUCACAUUGAAGUCCAUGUAGAAUGGGCAGAACCGCUGCUGACUCGAAUCAAGGAGGACCGAACUUUGGUACUGAGCCCUGUUUUCGACAACGUGAAAUAUGAUAACCUGGAGGUCAUCCCUUAUUAUGCAGCAGCUGAUGGUUUUGAUUGGGCUCUGUGGUGCAUGUAUGAAUCAUUCAGACCCGAGUGGUACAAACUCAAUGAUCCAUCUGAACCUGGCAAGAGUCCAUCCGUCAUGGGAAUUCUUGUGGUCGACAGGCUUUUCUUUGGAGAGAUUGGAUUACUGGAUAAAGGAAUGAAAGUGUACGGUGGGGAGAAUGUGGAGCUGGGAAUUCGUGUGUGGUUGUGUGGAGGCAGCAUAGAGGUGGUACCCUGUUCCAAGAUUGCCCACAUAGAGAGAGCCCACAAACCUUACCAGCGCGACUUAAGCAAGACCAUGCUGAGGAACGCUCUGAGAGUCGCCGAGGUCUGGAUGGACGAGUACAAGUCCAACGUUUAUAUGGCCUGGAACAUUCCCAUUAAGGACCACGGCAUUGAUAUUGGCGACAUCUCAGAAAGGAAGCAGCUGAGGGAGAAACUCAAGUGUAAACCCUUCAAGUGGUACCUGGACAAUGUUUAUCCAGCCCUGGAUCCUCUCGCCGGCCUCACUGCCUACGGCACAAUAUCUAAUGACCUAAGGAGAGAUUUAUGCCUCGAUCAAGGAACCAUCCCAGGACAUUUACCCAUACUCUACGGAUGCCACAGAUAUUCACCGCAGCACUGUCAGUUUUACUCCAGCGGACAGAUCCGCGUUGGCCACCUGGCGUCACACAGGUAUGAGGUGCGGCGCUGCCUCGUAGACCUCGGCGCUGGACAGUCACCCGGCUUGUAUGACUGCGCGGAGGCUCAGAGUAAGAACUUCCACAUGCUGUGGGACUUCAAACAGGGACAGGCGAUAAGGAACAGGAACACAAACAGAUGCCUUGAGAUAAACAUCGUCCAAGACUCCGGCUACCAGCUCGUCACGCGGGAGUGCAGCGGUCAGCACUGGACAAUGCAGUAUAAAAUCGCGGAUUUCUGAACGGGAGGUCUGUGAGCAGAGAAAGCCCAGAGGACCUCGCUGACCUCAGGCUGAUGCCGAUCUAUCUGGAUGAGGCUCUGUCCGUCAUCAAGAGAGACGUCCGCAGCAUCAUCGACAGGACCCCAGCCAGACUUCUGAAGGAGAUCAUACUGGUCGACGACUCCAGAUCCAAUAAUUUCUUGCACAAUAAACUGUAUGAUAUUU